AUAAAUUUGUCUGGAGGUUCAUCCUUUUCUACAAAGCAAAAACCCAAAAAAUCUUUCCUUCUAUAUUAAGCUUUUUCAUUUCCCGUUCCUUCGGUUGGUAGGUAUUAGUCCAUCUCACCGAAAGAUAAGGUUAGAGGAGAAGGAGAAAACAGAUUUUUGUUUCUCUUCAAAUGGGCUCGUCUCUCUCAUCUCCUUCAUCUUCGACCUCAUCUUCUUAUCAUUCAGGAGGAGGAGGGAUUCAAAUUCAAUCAUCGAACUCAAAUCCGAGGUCAAAAAUGAAAUCAGUAUCAGUGAUUUCACCGUUAGAAACAACCGAUGAAGAUGAUAUGGAAGUCGAUCUUGAAGAUGAUUUUGUUAAUCAGAAAAGAAUUAUUGUUAUCGAAUCCAACAACUGCACCGGCAACAAGAUAGAUUACUUAUCUGAGCUGCCUGAUGAAUGCAUAGCUUAUAUUUUUCAGUCACUUGGAUCUGGAGAUAGAAAAAAAUGUUCAUUAGUAUGUAAAAGAUGGUUUCAGAUUGAAGGACAAAGUCGUCAUCGAUUAUCACUAGAUGCAAAAUCAGAUCUACUCGCUGUAAUCCCAUCGUUAUUUUCUAGAUUUGAUUCUGUUACUAAACUUGCUUUAAAAUGCGAUCGGAAAACUACUAGUAUUGGUGAUGAUGCUUUGAUUUUGAUUUCAUUUCGUUGCCGUAAUCUUACACGUCUUAAGCUAAGAGCAUGCCGUGAAUUAACGGAUACUGGAAUGAUUGGUUUUGCUAAGAAUUGUUUGAAUUUGAAGAAAUUAUCUUGUGGAUCUUGUACUUUUGGAGCUAAAGGGAUGAACGCUGUUCUUAAUCAGUGCGCGGCGCUGGAAGAGUUAUCGGUGAAGCGGCUCCGGGGGAUUACGGACGGAGCUGCUGCGGAGCCGAUUGGACCUGGUUUGGCUGCUGGGUCGUUGAAGACGAUAUGCUUGAAGGAGUUGUAUAACGGACAGUGUUUUGGUCCUUUGAUCGUUGGUUCAAAGAAAUUGAAGACCUUGAAGCUUUUUAGGUGUUCAGGGGAUUGGGAUAAUCUGCUGGAGUCGAUAGCUGAACGAGUCAGUGGAUUGGUUGAAGUUCAUUUGGAGAGGUUGCAGGUUAGUGAUCGUGGUCUUGCUUCGAUCUCGAAUUCGCCGAAUUUAGAGAUUCUGCAUCUAGUUAAAACUCCUGAGUGUACAAAUAUGGCGCUGACGUCGAUUGCUGCUCGUUGCAAGCUUCUUAGGAAGCUACAUAUUGAUGGGUGGAGGACUAACAGGAUUGGAGAUGAGGGUUUGAUUGCUAUAGCUAAAUCUUGUUCAAAUCUUCAAGAACUUGUAUUGAUUGGUGUUAAUCCAACUUGUCUGAGUUUAGGACAACUUGGGUCGAAUUGUUUGAAUCUAGAAAGGUUAGCGCUUUGUGGAAGUGAGUCAAUUGGUGAUGCGGAGAUUUCGUGUAUUGCUGCGAAAUUUGUUGCUCUAAGGAAACUAUGUAUUAAAGCAUGCCCUGUUUCUGAUUCUGGCAUGGAAGCGCUUGCUGGUGGUUGCCCAAAGUUGGUCAAGGUGAAGAUUAAGAAGUGUAAGGGUGUAACUUGUGAUGGUGCAGAUUGGUUAAGAGCGAGCAGACAGGCGUUGGAUAUAAAUUUGGAUAUUGCAGCAGUUGAACAAGUUGAUGCAAGUACUAGCGAUGGUGGUGCUCAAGAAACUGCUGCAGAAUUCACACCAUUGUUCAGUCAGAACGCAGCUGCUGGUGGAGCUGAUGUUGCAUCUAGCAGCAAUGGGCGAUCUGCUUUGCCCAAGGCGAGGUUAGCCUUAUUUGCAGGGAGAAAUUUUGUUGCGUGCACAUUUGGAAGAUGGGCAAACAGUAACAAUGGCUCUCAUAGUAGUUAGACCAGUUUAUAAUGUUUGGAGAAAAAAAUGUAUUGUACUUGUUUUAAUUGUUUUGCCAAGUGUGUGCGUGCGUGCUAUGUUGUUGUAUCAUGUUGUUUAUUCCUUCCAAAUUGGACCGAACUGUUAGAAAUGACAAAUCGUUGGAGGUUUGAUGCUCCAAUUUUCUUUAUUGCA